AUGCAGAGACAAGACCAGAAGGGUGAAGCGAAGGAUUCUCGUGGCCCAGAGGUUUCGAUGUCCCCAUUUCUCUUCUUCCUCUUCCUCUUCUUGGAAGUUCCGGUGUUGGGUACCACUGGAUUACCAGAUGGCUUAACAGCUUCACCCAAGGAUUCGCACCAUAAUACACACAAUUACCUACUGGGGAAACAAGACGAGGAUAUUUUGAAGAAUGCUGCCCGGCAAUUCAACGCGAGAGCCGAAGUGGCAGAUGAAACAGCUAACGAUCAAGACAAUUUGACGGUGGAAGCUUUAGCUCUCAGCGUGAAUGGGGAAGGAGUGCAAAGGGGCAACAUAACCAUAUCAUUUCCCGGACGUUUUACUGUAUUUAAUGCAAUCGUCGAUUUACGACUCUGGAAUCACGUUUGCAUUUCUGUCCAAGGGAUAGACGUGCAGGUGUUCCACGACGGCCAGCGCGCUGAACCUUCGUAUGUUCAGGAUUAUGACGAAAUUCCAUCCAAGCUUUUAGCGUCUAGAUUUGUCAACUUUACCUCAGAUUACAUGGAUGGUGCGAGCACCUUCUGUGGAUAUUUGGCAUCAUUACAAAUAUUACAGGGAUUGCUAACUGUGGAUCAGGUCAAUUUUGUCCGUUUGCGAAAUUUUGCGAAGGUACCCUUUCGCCACUAUCCAUAUGUAAUUGACGUCAUCCCAUACAACAAGACGAAAAUUCUCACCUCGUGUGCUAUUAAGGAACUUUUUAAAAGGAAAUACAACUUCUCAAUGCUCAGGUUUAGAGUAAGGGUCAAUUACUCCCAAGCUCUCUUAAUGUGUACAGGCUAUGGAGGAACUUUGCCAGUCUUAGAAGAUGCUGAACACAGGGAAAUAAUAGCAGAGUAUUUGUUGGAUUUCCGGAAUAUUGACGACACGUGGAUGCAAAUGUCUUCUAACAAAAUCUCAAGACAUCUAGAGCUACCAUGGUGUCCCUUAUUGUACAAAAGGGAGGGUGUGUCUUUUGUUAUCCAAUGGGACUGCAUGAAUUUUUCCGUAAAUCUCAUAUGCCUCAUACCAAAAGGGCUUUUCCUGAAACUGAAAGGACAUGUUGUGACAAAUGAAAACGAAUUUGCCAUCCAACAAGGUAACGCCUUUGAACGUAUAACUUUAGAGUCAAGAAGAAAUCUGCAAGGUCUUUGGAAAGGCUCUGCCUUCCAAGUUCAGACAAGGACUGGAGAGGUCCAGUUUCAGGUCACACCCGAGGGCGAAUAUCCCAUAGGCCGACGUGACUGGCUUACAAAGGAUAACAAGACUAUCAUUCUCAGUCUCUCCACAUGUAGUCCAGAAGAGUUUUCCUGCAACAAUGGCCAGUGCAUUCCUAUCGAGCAACGCUGCGAUGGGAAUAAGGGAGAUUGUUUUGACCUUUCUGACGACGAUUCGAGCUGUGACAUUUUCCUAGGCCCUGAUAGGACUUACUACGAACUUCAGGCCCCCAUGGACCGAAAAGUAUCGGUAGACCUGUGGAUGAGAUAUAUUCGCAGUAUUGAUGUGAAUGAGAAUACUAUUAAGCUCUGUUUGAUACCGAUUCUGCUGCAAGGAAGCGACCGUCCCCUGAUCGAUGAAGAGGCGCUCAGAGUCAGAAGCGAUAAUCAGAGCCUUCCCAUUUACCACGUGUCCGCCAUUCGUUGCAGAGUAGUUUCAUCAGUGCUACCUUAUGAGAGAGACCAGGUUGUGGUGGCUGUGCUAAUCGACCGGAGAAGCAAGGCUUUUUUUCUGACGAUGCUCGGGCCCUGUAUAGUUCUGGAAAUGCUGGGACACCUCUCAUUCCUUGCCUUUCCCAUAGAUGAAUUUUACCAGAGGGCUUCAACUUCCCUCUCACUGCUGAUCGUUGUAGCUUCUUUAUUCUCACAGUCAGUCAGUAACUUGCCAAAAUCUGCGUCUCCCAAAGCGAUUGACGUCUGGUUCUUCUACUUCAUCCUCCGAUUUUUCCUCUUCUUUGUGGCGCACUGUCUGGUGGAGUUCCAGCGUUUUCGUGUGCAAAGUAAAAAGAACGGAAACAGUGUCCAGAUUCUACAAUUUCCAAAGGAAGAAACUAAAAUGAGCGGAAGUGGGCUGGAUGCAGAUGAAUGCCAAGAUGGGCAAGGUCAAAGGAAAGCCCACAGACUCCUCGCAUGGAUAAUUAAGGAAACUUCUAAAACUACCCCAUUUCAGCCUGAGACCAUAAACCUUGUAUGCCUUCUGCUUGGGGUAGCUAUCGAUGCCACGUUUAUUGCCCUUUUCGUUCAUUUCCUUGGGAAGAUCAGAUCCAAUAUCUAUGAUGAGUUUCUCGAGUAUAAAGAUUGUAGCUAAACUCCACAUUUUAAGGCAAAACUCCUCAAUGCUGAUGUUUUUUCUCUUUCAGAAAGUCCAUUCGGGCUCGCGCCCUGUAUAGUAUAUGUC